AUGGUUGGGGGGAUGUGGCGAGGGAGAGAGGGUGCGAGAGAACGGGCGGCGAAAGCAGCAGCGGAGAUCAGAGCCCGAGAGUUGAGGGGAACAGCAGAGGUGGGUGAGUGUGUCAGGCGCCAUAGCCUAGCCGUUGAUAACCGGACUCUCAACCUGCUGCUCGGGGUGAUGGUGGGAGGCAGAGCAGUAUCGGAUACCGGAGAUUCUGUAACGGAGAAGCGAAAUGACGGGAGAGCCGCAGAUAGGAGGCUUCCUGCUGUGUCUGGAGCAGGGGGGACAGGGUUUAAGAGACGUUUAGAGGAGAAAGAUUGGGAGGGCGCAAAGGUGGUGGCGGUGGCGUUUGAAGCGGAAGGAGUGGAGUUGAACGAGAGGAUCUACACCACGCUGAUCUCGUGCUUUGGCAAGGGCGGGCGCAUUGAGGACUGUUGGCGGUGGCUCCGCGCAAUGGAGAGGCAGUGGGGGGUGGCGCCAGUGCAAAUGGGGGCGCACAUGCAACAAGUGGCGGAAGUGCAAGGGGUGGCGCAAGUUAAUGGCGCGGUUGGGGGAGAACGGGAAGAGGGAGAGGUUCAGGGGAAAUCAGAGGAGGGGAGCCGGGAGCAGAGAGGUUGGGGGGAGAAAGGGGAAGGGGAGGGCGAGAAUGGGGGAGGAGAGGGGGGUGCGUACGGGAAGAACGUGCUGCUUCCAGAGGAUAUCUAUGAUGUGAUUCUUGGGGCGUGCGUGCAGGUGAGAGCGCGCGAGGUGAAGUGGGGGGGCGGGGAAGCAGGACAAAGGGCAGGAGAGCGGGGUGCGUACGGGAAGCGAGUGCUGCUUCCAGAGGACAUCUAUAACGUGAUGCUGGGGGCGUGUGUGCAGGUAAGAGCGUGGGAGGGGUCAGCACAGCCAGUUCCAGCUCUCCUUCUGCUCGACCGCCUUGAUUCCCACCCUUCCCCGGACCUCUAUACUGACGUGGCAGCCUAUACAGCUGCCAUCUCAGCAUGUGCGAGUGUUGGCCAAUGGGAGAACGCCAUCCGACUGCUGACUAGGAUGCAGCAGCAGCCAAUUGGAAAAGAGAUGGGGAGGAAUGGGAAAGCCUCUUCCAUGCCGAAGCUGGAGGUUCGGGGAAAGCAGGAUGUACUUCGAAAGCCUGCAGUUCAGCCGAACGUGGUGACGUGGACGGCAGUGAUGUCAGCAUGUGCAAUGGCAGGGCGUGCUGACGUGGCAAGGGAAGUGCUGAGAAGGAUGAUGCGAGAAGGGAAUGGAGAGGAGGGUGAGGAGAAAAGGGAGGGUGAAUGGAAAUGGGAGAAUGAAGGGACGAUGGAGAGAAAGGGGAAAACGGAUGGUGAGAGAAAAGGGGAGGGUGAUGGGAACGAGGAGGAGAGAGUAGUUAAUGGACGGAGGAAAGUAACCAGGAGGGAGGAGAGACUGGUUGUGACAGGUGCCACGUCAGCAUCUUGCUUGGAUGCCAUAUCAGACGCCAUGUCAGAUUGUCGUCCCAAUGUGGUGACGUGGACAGUGGUCCUGACUGCAUGCGCGAGGGCGGGGGAGUGGCAGCAGGCCGAGGCACUGUUCACCCAGAUGCAGACAAACAGAGUGAUGCCGAACGAGGUCUCGUGGGCGGCACUGAUCAGCGCUUAUGCCAAGGGCGGGCAGUGGGAGAAAGCUAUAGGCGCCCUGAGGGCUAUUAGAGGGGGACGAGGUGGGCAAAAAGAGAAAUGGGGAAAGGAAGAGGAAAAAGAAGCAGCAGCAGCAGUACCAGCAGCAGCAACAGCAUUGGAACCAUCCAAUCCACCUCAAUCUUCGCCCCUUCCAUCUGCCUGGAACGCUGCCCUGCACGCGUGUGCCAAGGCCGGCAAGUGGAAGCUUCUGGGAAGCCUCGUGCAGGAGAUGCAGGUGGCAGGGCGUUCUCCCUCUGUGGUGACCUAUGGGGUGCUGGUGGGCGGGUAUGGGCGCGCGGGGCAAGCAAGACUGGCCAGUGAAGCAUUCGAUGAAAUGCUGUCGGCAGGGAUAAGGUAUGGGCGCGCGGGGCAAGCAAGACUGGCCAGAGAAGCGUUCGAUGAGAUGUUGUUAGCAGGGAUAAGGUGA